CCGUGCGUCUGCCCUCCCGUUCCCCGCCCCCGCCUCCGCCGCGGCUCCCGCCUCCGCCACCCAUCCCCGGCGCCUCGCCGCCCUCCCGGCUCGGCCGCCCCCCGCCUCCCCCCCCGAGUGGCCGUGGAGACCGCGCUUCGCGGGAGGCGGGAUCCGCACGGGAGCGCCUUUCGAGCGAAGGCUACAAGGUUCGGAAGUGGUCGCCAACUACAGCAGUCGCAGUUACCUGAAGCACCGCACUCGUGUCCCUGUGAAGAGAACGAUUUUUAUGACCACCGCUUCAGAGCAGAAGCUGAGCUGAAAAUAAGUCAGAAUGAGUUAUGCAGAAAAACCCGAUGAAAUCACGAAAGACGAGUGGAUGGAAAAACUCAAUAACUUGCACGUCCAGCGAGCAGACAUGAACCGCCUCAUCAUGAACUACCUGGUCACAGAGGGCUUUAAGGAAGCAGCAGAGAAGUUUCGAAUGGAAUCUGGGAUUGAACCUAGUGUGGAUCUGGAAACACUUGACGAGCGGAUCAAAAUCCGUGAGAUGAUCCUGAAAGGCCAGAUCCAGGAGGCUAUCGCGUUGAUCAACAGCCUCCAUCCGGAGCUCCUGGACACCAACCGGUAUCUCUACUUCCACCUGCAACAACAGCACCUCAUAGAGCUGAUCCGCCAGCGCGAGACGGAGGCAGCGCUGGAGUUCGCGCAGACCCAGCUGGCAGAGCAGGGCGAGGAGAGCAGGGAGUGCCUGACGGAGAUGGAACGCACUCUGGCCCUGCUGGCCUUUGAUAACCCUGAGGAGUCUCCGUUCGGAGACCUGCUUCACAUGAUGCAGAGGCAGAAGGUGUGGAGUGAAGUUAACCAAGCUGUCCUAGAUUAUGAAAAUCGUGAGUCCACACCCAAGCUGGCAAAAUUACUGAAACUACUCCUUUGGGCUCAGAAUGAGCUGGACCAGAAGAAAGUAAAAUACCCCAAAAUGACAGACCUCAGCAAAGGUGUGAUCGAGGAGCCCAAGUAGUCUGUGCCGGUGGCCCCUGCGCACCCCCCCCCCCCCCCCCCCCCCCCCCGCCCCCCGGACCGGACUCAGAGCAGCUGUCUGUGACUGACAGGUUACCGCAGUAGAGAACUCUUUCUUCCCCCUUUUCCUGGAUUUUUUUUUUUUUCGACCUGGCAUCUUUUUUAAAGGGAAAAACGGCCCUUCUGAGUGCUGGAAAACUUGCAGCGAGAGACGCGGUGUCUUUGGAAGUGUGGCGCAGACCGCGGUGGGCGCGCUGACAGCGGGGACGGGCCGCAUCGGCCACCGAGCACUCUGUAGUUCGGGAACGUUGUUGAAUGGAGGCCUCCCUCGCAAACCUCUGACAAGCACUGAUCAUUAUUUUGCUUUCUGUUAGCUCGUAGGCAGAAAAUACGUUUUCUCAGAUCUGCUAAGACUCGUCAGGCCUUUGUGGAGAAGGUUUCUCUUACCCCUUGGUUUUUUGUUUUUUCAUAGGAAAGACUAUAUAAAUUUGUAAAUCCUAA